AUCUUGAAGAAAGACUUAGAAAAUAGGAAUAGAAAGUCAAGAAUGUGUACACUGCAAUUAAACACUCAUGGUUGGCCCAUGUCAGCUGAAUUGGGCUUGUAGGCUCAGGCUGUGGGGCUGUAAAUUUGCAGUGUAGACAGUUGGGCUCAUCUGGAGCUCGAGCUGACAUGGGCCUGCCACGAGUGUUUAAUUGCAGUUUACACAUACUCAUUAAUUGCUGUAAUUUCUGAUGACUCUGCAAAGGUGAAUAUGAUUGACUUUGCCUUGGAUUUUACUGAGUAAUUUAGAGAUAAAGAUGGUGUCCUUUUCCCAGCUACGUCUAGCUUUGAGCAGGAUCAUAGCGUUCCCUUGGGUUACUCUGUAUUGGCAACAGUCUAAGAUCUAGAGUGGUGACCGUUUUAAAAUAAAGAGGUUCCAGGGGGAAGAAACAUUCUUUCAACAGCAAUAAGAUCUCUUUAUUUCAAGAUUUCAGCACAAAUAUAUCAAAAAAUGACUAACACUUUGCAAGAGGAGAUGUGCUUCUGUGGCGUGCAUGAUGUUUUAGUUUAUGCAUCUAGUCUGAGUUAAUUAUGGUAGCAGGACUCUAUUUUCACUGAGGCAGAAGGUAUGGCAUUUAUCAAGUGCAGAGUCAAUGAACUGAUAAACAAGAGUAGGCAGCAUUCCCCAAGGAAGGGAUUGUUUUAAAAUUCAAGGCUUUGCCAUUCUCCGUACAAAGUCUUUGGUCACAUUGGUGUAUUUGUGAUCACUAAACACACUUGUUUGAAGGUAUUUGGCAUAGAUCUGUAUUCCAGGGUCUGGAUAGUCUUCUAGAGAUUAGCAUGUGGAAGGCCCCCUCCACAAACUAGAUAUUCCCCCUUUCUGCAUGGUAGAGAGAAGGACCAGUACUUCUAAAGUACCAUUCCACUCUAUCCGGCCCAACAUGAAUGCCCCUCCCAUAGAUGUCUGUAAACAAGAGGCCUUGCAGAAGGCACUGUGACCUUCAUGGCACUAUGGUUUCUGUGUGGGGAUUUAGGUGGGAGCUAAUAUCGGUAGGAGCUAUAUUAUCUGGCUGCCUAGCUCAGUGUUAUGAUUGCUGGCUUAUGGUAGUAAAGGUUACGGCCCCAGUCCCCAUAGGGUAAUAAUAAGUAGUCUUCUAACUUCCCUCUGCAGCUUCAUUGGGACCUAGCCAGUGGCAGCUUGGUUCUGUGAAGGGAUCCUUGAACAGUUUUCCCCUUAGCUACUUCUAAUGGGUUGUCCCCUAGAAAGAUGAUCUCGUCUCAUUUUGUGGUUUGCACAAUUUUCUUUUCUCAGUAAAUAUUUUGACGUAGUGAAUUCUCACUUCUGCCAUUGAAUAGUAGUUCUGGGCUCUAGGCAGAAUAACAUGUUCCUUUUCUUUGCAUCGCUUAGUCCCACCAUCCUCAUUCUAUUUCUAGUUAUAUCUUGUAAUUGAACUGUGGUGCUUAUUGCCACAGGAAUUGUUGAGGCCAAGAAUUUAAGAUUCAGAAAAAGGAUUGGACAUUUAUAUGGAUAAAGACUACCCAAAGUUGUCAUAAUUAAUUAUAUCACAUUUUGGAAGGACAUUUAGCCUUGUGCUUGAGGCUUUAAGCCAAUCUCUCUUAGAAAUCAGGAUGAGACCUAAUGUGGGAGAAAAUUAUAUCACAUCUUCCUCUGAAUAAUCUGGUGUUGGCCACUGUCAGCCCUGGUCUACACUAGGACUUUAGGUCGAAUUUAGCAGCAUUAAAUCGAUGUAAACCUGCACCCGUCCUUAUGAUGAAGCCCUUUAUUUCGACUUAGAGGGCUCUUAAAAUCGAUUUCCUUACUCCACCCCUGACAAGUGGAUUAGCGCUUAAAUCAGCCUUGCCGGCUCGAAUUUGGGGUACUGUGGACACAAUUCGACGGUAUUGGCCUCCGGGAGCUAUCUCAGAGUGCUCCAUUGUGACCGCUUGGACAGCACUCUCAACUCAGAUGCACUGGCCAAGUAGACAGGAAAAGAACCGCGAACUUUUGAAUCUCAUUUCCUGUUUGGCCACCGUGGCAAGCUGCAGGUGACCAUGCAGAGCUCAUCAGCAGAGGUGACCAUGAUGGAGUCCCAGAAUCACAAAAGAGCUCCAGCAUGGACCGAACAGGAGGUACGGGAUCUGAUCGCUGUAUGGGGAGAGGAAUCCGUGCUAUCAGAACUCCGUUCCAGUUUUCGAAAUGCCAAAACCUUUGUCAAAAUCUCCCAGGGCAUGAAGGACAGAGGCCAUAACAGGGACCCGAAGCAGUGCCGCGUGAAACUGAAGGAGCUGAGGCAAGCCUACCAGAAAACCAGAGAGGCGAACGGCCGCUCCGGGUCAGAGCCCCAAACAUGCCGCUUCUAUGAUGAGCUGCAUGCCAUUUUAGGGGGUUCAGCCGCCACUACCCCAGCCGUGUUGUUUGACUCCUUCAAUGGAGAUGGAGGCAAUACGGAAGCAGGUUUUGGGGACAAAGAAGAUGAUGAUGAUGAUGAGGUUGUAGACAGCUCACAGCAAGCAAGCGGAGAAACCGGUUUUCCCAACAGCCAGGAACUGUUUCUCACCCUGGACCUGGAGCCAGUACCCCCCGAACCCACCCAAGGCUGCCUCCUGGACCCAGCAGGCGGAGAAGGGACCUCCGCUGCAUGUGUUUCAAUGAUCACAGGAUCUUCUCCUUCCCAGAGGCUAGUGAAGCUUAGAAAGAAAAAAAAAUGCACUCGCGAUGAAAUGUUCUCCGAGCUCAUGCUGUCCUCCCACACAGACAGAGCACAGACGAAUGCCUGGAGGCAAAUAAUGUCAGAGUGCAGAAAAGCACAAAAUGACCGGGAGGAGAGGUGGCAGGCUGAAGAGAGUAAGUGGCGGGCUGAAGAGAGUAAGUGGCGGGCUGAAGACAGGGCUGAAGUUCAAAUGUGGCGGCAGCGUGAUGAGAGGAGGCAGGAUUCAAUGCUGAGGCUGCUGGAGGACCAAACCAGUAUGCUCCAGUGUAUGGUUGAGCUGCAGCAAAGGCAGAUGGAGCACAGACUGCCACUACAGCCCCUGUGUAACCAACCGCCCUCCUCCCCAAGUUUCAUAGCCUCCACACCCAGAUGCCCAAGAAUGCGGUGGGGGGGCCACUGGCCAACCAGCCACUCCGCCACAGAGGAUUGCCCAAAAAAAAGAAGGCUGGCAUUCAAUAAAUUUUAAA